AUGAUCAAACGGAUAUUCGUUUUGAGUCUACUAACAAGUACAGGUGAGUAGGACAAAAAUGUUUUAUGUCAUCAUUGUUGCGCAACACUUGGCUUGACGUGAAAUGGGUUUGAUUUGCAGGUCUAUGUUGUAUGCCUGGAUAUGAAAUGGAAAGAGCCAAGUUAAGACAAUAUUUGGGCAUCGAAUGGAUACCCAAAGCCAUGGACAAAGCGGAUGGUAGGUCAUGAUCCCCCUUUGCACUACUAUUUAACCUUUUUACAUUAUUUUUUAGCUACCACUCCUAAAUUCAUAAGACAUUCGAUGGAUUUAAAUUGUGAUUUCAAACAUCCUGAGGACUGUAGAUGGAUGAAUCUGAAGGGAGUGGACUCUCUGGACUUUCAUUUAUUCAAAAAAGAAGAUCACACUCCUUUCCCGGUAGUACAAGUCAGACCGGGACCUUCCAAAGUCGAAGUUGGAGACCAUCUUCUCUUCACGGGAGAUCGGAAAAAGUCUAAUAAAGACGCUAUUCUGGCUUCUUGGCCUAUUAAAUGUCAAAAUUCGACUGGAUUACUGACUUUUACGUAAGUUUCAGCUAUGUAAUCGAAUAGGCUCCACUCAGAUUCUGGAUUUACAACGGAGCUCGAGUGGAAGUUCUGAUGUUAGAAGACGCGAAGGUGGGGAAUAAAACGGAAAUCAGAUUUCUGCCAGAGAAAUUGCAUGUGGACUGUGGUACAGUAACUAUGGACACUGAGUGCAAAGUGGAGAUACCCCCGAGAGAAGAACCCUUUCGAUUGGCCAUCAGAGCCUAUGAUAUCUCCCACCCCGAGGGAUCUUUUGUGAUGGUCGACAACAUAUUUUACGAAGCUCAGUUGUGCAAAGUGGCAAGUAAGCAUUACGCAGAGAUAAGACAAUAUUUAUCAUCGUUUGCAGUUGAUUUUGGUCCAAACUUUGAAACGGAAGAGCUGAAGACCUCAGCUCAAGGCUCGCCCGUCAAUACGGCAGCUGAUCUGAGCUGCAUUAACUUUGACGAGUCCUGCAGAUGGAGGAACGGAGGACAUGAUGGCACUCUGGCAUGGCGAAAGGGGGUCAGCAGACCAUCAGAGGCCGUCAUGUUCAAUGAAACUGGCACUUACACAGUCCCUAAAGGAGCUUACGCUUUCCUUUAUAUUGAACAAGACCAUUCCACGGGGAUCAGAAGGUUGGUCUCGGAUCCUAUAGAUUGCCAGGCCUCGUCCGGGUCGACCUUAACCUUCCGAGUGUGGGCCAACAAAGGCCUGGGAGUGGAUGUAUGUGCCAUGGAUUUGGAUAUGAAUGAGUUGGAAUGUCAGCAAGUGUCGAUAGAAAGAUCCCCAGCCCCGUCAACUCAUCAUUUUAGUUAUACCAAGAAUUUUAUGGUAAGUUGAGGGUAAAACAAUCAAUAAAUUUAAGUACGGGAUCAAAGUAACUGUGGCAGAUCAUGACCGAGACCAUUUCCUAAUGUUGGAUGACAUUGAUUACGAAGCCACAAUGUGCACCGAGGCAUUUGGAUCCCUUGAUUUUGGGAAGGGAUUCUAUACAACUCCUUUUCUUGGGGUCAUCUUAAACCGCGCCGCUCAUUCAGCAGAUGUAAGUGUAACGUUUUGAGGAGAAGUUGUUAAGGACCUGGCCUGUGAUUUCUCCAGAAGAGGACUCGAUUGCUUUUGGGCCAAUUUGGAUGAAGAGAACACUCACAACAAGUGGGAGGUAGGGUUGGGGGCCAUUGAUGAGAGGAAAUUCGAAUUUCUAACUCAUAAAAACACUGUCCCAAGUAAGUUGUCUCAUCCACAUAGACUUAUAUCAUUUCAAAUUAGCCUCUGAUUUCGCGGUCGCCCGAUUCCCGAAGAGUAAGGGCCCAAAGACAGCGGCAAUUUUGAUAAGUGAAGUGAUCAGAUGUAUGUACGAGGGUGCCUCUCUAGGAUUAAGCUUCUGGAGAACUGGAGAUGCCAUUCUAUCGGUUUGUGUGGUCAAGAGUUUCAAUGAUCAGAUUUUGGAUUGUCAGGUACGAGAAUUGUGAGGUAAUUAAAUGAUGGCUCUAGGAUGUCGGGGAAGGGAGUGCCGAGAGGAUUGAAGUAGAUAUCCCCAAUUAUCAAGAACCUAUCAGAUUGGCCUUAAAAGCCGAAAUACCCGAGGAUCUGGAAGACGGAGAAGGUCUCAUUGCUGUGGAUGACCUUGUCUUGAGCGUAUGCCGAUGCAUUAUUUGUUAAAUAUGUAAAUUUAGGGUAAAAUCUGUUCAACUGUCGCCUUCUCAGCCAAUUCUCAUCACAGUGGCCGACUCUCCGGCCCGAAAUCAUUGAAAACUUACGAACAGGCAGACGUGGGACCAGUCCAGAGUACCGCCAAUCACGUUCCGUCUUCCUCCACACCCGAUUCGAACGUCUGCCGGCUACUCUCAUGCGAUUUCAACAAUGGCCAUAUGUGCCUAUAUGAGAGUCACCGAGUAGCCAACAGUGUCUCCAUGUUCACAGCGUUUAACAACACCGGGCACUCCAUGCUAUUCGAGAGAGGAAAGAUAUCUAUUAUGGAAUCCAGCGUGUUUAGUUUGAAUGCUCCAGCCAGACUCCACUUCGAUUAUUCCAUGAUGGUAACUCGACCCAUGUAUUAUAACUUCAAUUGCAGAAAGGGCGAGCGCAAGUCCAUGUUUGUCAAGACAGCAUCCGGCAAGAAUUAGAUCAAUGUUAUGCUGUAAAGAACACAGAGAAGGUUAAAUUGGACGGGACUUUUGCUCAUGACUUCAUUGAGAUCCUACCAAGUGAUACAAAGAUCUACAUUAUCGUAAAAUUGGGCGAGAAAGAAAAGAAAUCGAGUGUGUUCAUCGACAACCUAGUGCUGACGGACAUUGAAAACCAUAGGAUAUGUUAA